CUUGAAGCUUAUACUUAUGAAAUCUUUCUCUGAAUGUCUCAUAUUGUUAAACUCCAUUUCAUAAUAUUUUGGUGUCAAAUUGCUCCUGUAGGUGUUGUUUGCUUUGAGUUUUAUUCCUGUGCAUAUGCAAUUUAUUUGAAAAAAAAAAAAAGAAGAAUGAUCAGUGAGCUUUUAAGUAAACUUUGGUGCAAGGUUUGUAACACUGUAUCGUACCGGUGUUUCGACCUGGUCUCGGUACCGGUACGAUACGGUAUACCGAGCGAUACACUCAGGUGUAUCGAGCUUUAUACUCAGGUGUGUCGAGUACUAUAGUUCUGCUACAGUGAUGCAGUGCACUGCUACAGUGCUACAGUGUACUCGGAUCGGUAACAGACGAUCUGCAUAUCGACAAUCUGUCGGACCGGUAUGUACCGCCCAUACCGGGCCAUACAGUUUGGUACUGCAGAUCAUGCUUUGGUAUAAUAGUAGUUAUUUCUUUGUAUCAUAUGUGAUAUAAGGAUAUGAUUGUAGAUUCUUGGGAAAUUAUAUGGUAGGAAGGGUGAGGAUUGUGAUGGGCACAAAUGUCUUGGAUAAUUAGGGUUUGAGUAAUAAAAAUUAAUCAAGUAAAUAUGUAUUAGACUUUUUAACUUAAUUUAAAUUUAGAAAGAUAAAUACAAAAAUCACUUAUAUUCAGCAAUUUUUUGCUUUUUAAUACAUUUGAUUUCUAAAGAUGUAAGUAGUUGGGACUUUCAACUCACUGGAAUCAUAUAUAGAGAAAUGUCUUCUCUAUAUAUGAUUUGGGCUUCAUUAGAGUAUUUUUGAUGAACUCUUCUUAAUCAUAAAUUGUUAGAGCCCCCCAAUCCAUUCAAAUUAGAUACAAAAUAAAACAUAAAUUGUUGUACCACUGAGAUAUGAACACAUUUCUCCUCUAAUAUGGACAAUGCCACAACACACUCGGAGAUAAUUCGCAGGUUGUUUGGAUUUUGAUGGCCACACAUUUAAGGCAACGCCUCGCUUCCAUCCGUCUCUGGGACCGGGUCGAAUCGAGAGAGACUAAGAAACGGGGGGUCGACCGGGUUCCGCGGCCAAUAGCUCGCAUCGCCCAUCUCCUGACCGGACCGGGCCUGACCUUUUAAUUGGAGCCGGACCGCCCAAACCCCGUCACCGUUGUCCCCUUCGGGAGGUCACCCGACACCCCUCCCGUUCCGUCCUAGAGAUUCUGGAACCUUCUUCGCUCCAAGGAAGCAGGAGGAGGACAUCUGGAUCGCCGACGAUGACAGCCAGCCUCCCGUGAUUUGAUCGGAUGGCACGGGUUAACGCGCAUCGCAGGCUUCUGCCCUCGUCCCCGCCGGUGACGCCGAGGGCUGGGGUCGCCCCGUCGGCGGCGGGCAUCCCGGUGGCCCCCAACCGGAGGCACCCGGUGAUCCUGAAGCAGACGACGCGUCCGGGGCCGCGGUGCGCGGAGGUGGCCGGGGGCACGGCGGCGGACUGCGUCGCCGUGUGCUGCUUGGGUCCCUGCUUGGUGGUGAACCUCCUGGUGCUGACUGCGGUACGGCUGCCUGCGGUGGCCUGCCGCCGGGCGCUGCGGGCUCGGGAGAAGCGGAGGCAGAGGGCCAGGAAGCGGAAGGAGAAGGCGCUGCUGGGGCCGAAGGCCGGUUUCGGAGGGGACGGGUCUUCCUCCGACGCGCAGGAGGACUCGAACGGAGACGUGGAUGGGCUUCGCCGGGAGGCUGGGCCAUCGCCGGUGGAGUUGGAGAGGGAGAUGUUGGCGCAGUUCCACGGCAUGGGGUUUUGGCGGAGCCCGUCCAACGGCGACCGGGCGCCGACUUAUGAUGACGGCGCCUGUAACGUCAGCCAACGGUGACGGUGUAACGAUUAUUUCGACGGUUUCCGUCUCUGCUUCACUUUGCCGUCAAUGCUCCGUUACGCUGCAGCGAACUGGGCCAGGUGGUGGUGAUUAUUCAUUAUUCUCUAUCUUUUCAUUGAAGGAUUAAAUGGAUGUAAAAUAUCAUAAACAUGGUAUUUAUAUGAUUCGGAUUAAAUGUGCCAAAAAGAAGAUGGAAAUGGGUUUGAUGGUAUUAAUUUUAGUUGAAAAAGUAUAAUUUGAUGAAAUUGUUGGGGAUCAGUUUAUUUUUGUGUGAAA